AUGAUGUCGCCGGUUGGAACUUCAAUUCAGCGAUCAAGUAGUCGCCCUCUGCUUGAUCUUAGUGGUGCAGCCAUUCAUGGGAAUUUUGAAGAAAAAGAUCCCACGAUUCUGUUACCUAAUCAAUCUGAUGAUAUUUCAUAUUUGUCACUGGAUAUUGGAGGCUCUCUCAUUAAGCUAAUUUAUUUUUCAAGACACGAGGAGUUUUUAGUCAAUAACAAGAGAAACAAGUCUUCCCCAAUUCUUGGAGGGAGGCUCCAUUUCAUAAAGUUUGAAACAAACAAAAUCAACGAGUGUUUAGAAUUCAUCCGAUCCAAGCAGCUUCACAUAGGAGAUGGCGAUAAUGCAGUAAUCAAGGUUACUGGUGGUGGGGCCUACAAGUUUGCGGAUUUAUUUAAAGAAAAACUUGGGGUUAGCAUUGAAAAAGAAGACGAGAUAGAUUGCCUUGUAACUGGUGCAAAUUUUUCGCUAAAGGAAAUUCGCCAUGAAGCCUUCACUCAUAGGGAAGGUCAUAAGGAGUUUGUGCAGAUAGACCAUAAUGAGUUGUAUCCAUAUCUUCUUGUUAACAUUGGAUCUAGUGUUAGCAUGAUGAAGGUUGAUGGUGACAGGAAGUUUCAACGGGUUAAUGGGACAAAUGUAGGUGGUGGGACAUAUUGGGGUUUAGGAAAACUAUUAACAAAGUGCAAUAGUUUUGAUGAACUUUUGGAGUUAAGUCAAAGAGGCGACAGUAGAUCUAUAGACAUGCUAGUUGGUGACAUCUAUGGUGGCUUGGACUACUCAAAGAUUGGACUCUCUGCAGCAACAAUUGCUUCUAGUUUUGGCAAGGUGAUUGCAGAGGACAAAGAUAUUGAAGAUUAUAGAGCUGAAGACAUUUCUCUAUCUCUCUUGCAUAUGAUUUCUUAUAAUAUUGGCCAGAUAUCUUAUUUAACUGCGUUACAACUUGGGAUUAAGAGGAUAUUUUUUGGAGGAUAUUUUAUAAGGGGUCAUGCUUAUACCAUGGACACAAUUUCAUUUGCAAUCCAAUUCUGGUCAAAAGGAGGGGCAGAAGCUAUGUUUUUGCAUCAUGAAGGGUUUUUGGGAGCUUUAGGUGCAUUUAUGAGCAACAAUAAGCAUGGAUUGGAUCACUUAAUGGUUCAUCAAUUAGUUGAAAGAUUUCCAAUGGGUGCUCCAUAUACUGGAGGAAAGAUCCAUGGUCCUGCACUCGGUAACUUGAGUGAGAAGGCAAGUGUAUCAUCUAUGUUAAAUUACUUCUAUACAACCCAUGUUCAUGUGAUAUCUUGGAUGGAAAAAUUUGUACAAAAGGGAACUCAAAUCACUAAUCCUGUUCCCAUGGCUUCUCCAAGAACAACUGGUUUAGGUGGAUUUGAGGCUCCUUCAUCAAAAGGAGAUAUCUUACGCUAUGAUGAAAGUAAUUUAAAUGUUGGUGUUCUUCAUUUAGUUCCUUCAUUAGAAGUUUUCCCCUUGUUAUCUAACCCAAAAAGCUAUGAACCUAACACUAUUGACCUUGCGGACCCCAAUGAACUUGAAUAUUGGUUCACUGUGUUGUCUGAACAUUUACCAGAUCUUGUUGACAAGGCAGUGGCUAGUGAAGGUGGAACAGAUGAUGCUAGAAGAAGAGGCGAUGCAUUUUCUCGUGCAUUCUCUACUCACUUGGCAAGAUUGAUGGAGGAGCCUGCUGCAUAUGGUAAAUUAGGGCUAGCAAAUCUUUUGGAGUUGAGGGAAGAAUGCUUGAGAGAUUUUAAUUUUUUUGAUGCAUAUCGUACUAUAAAACAGAGGGAAAACGAGGCAUCACUUGCUGUUUUGCCUGACCUUCUCUUGGAGCUUGAUAGUAUGAAUGAGGAAACAAGACUGCUUACGUUAAUUGAAGGCGUUCUUGCUGCAAACAUAUUUGAUUGGGGAUCAAGUGCUUGUGUUGAUCUUUAUCACAAAGGCACGAUUAUUGAAAUCUAUAGAAUGAGUCGCAAAAAGAUGCGAAGACCUUGGCGCGUGGAUGAUUUUGAUGCCUUUAAGGAAAGAAUGGGUUUUAGAGCCCAUAAACGAGCAUUGCUCUUUGUUGACAACUCUGGUGCUGAUGUCAUACUCGGAAUGCUUCCCCUUGCUCGAGAAUUGCUACGCCGUGGAACUCAAGUUGUGUUGGUUGCAAACUCCCUUCCAGCACUAAAUGAUGUCACUGCGAUGGAACUUUCGAAAAUUGUAGCCGAGGCUACCAAGCAUUGUGACAUUCUUCGAGGAGCGGCUGAAGCUGGUGGAUUACUUGUUGAUGCAAUGAAUAAUAUUCUAGAAGGUUCUAGACAAAAGCUUCCUUCAACUCCUUUAAUGGUUGUUGGAAAUGGAUGUGGGAGUCCAUGCAUUGACUUAAGACAGGUCAGCUCUGACCUGGCUGCUGUUGCUAAAGAUGCUGACUUGGUCAUUUUGGAAGGCAUGGGACGAGCUUUGCAUACCAAUUAUAAUGCUCGAUUCAAAUGUGAUACUCUAAAGCUUGCAAUGGUGAAGAAUCAACGGUUGGCAGAGAAGUUGAUCAAAGGGAACAUAUAUGAUUGUGUCUGCAGAUAUGAGCCACUAAGAUAAAAACAUGUAUUUUUCUUGUAACUGAAAGGUCUUGAUCUUAUUUGAUUAUAAACUUAAAUAAAUUGUCUUCAAAUGUUUUUCAAAGUAUGUUCUCUAAAAUAGGAAUUACCCAGUGUUGAUAUUUUUACAACAUUGGUAAUCUUUAGCUUUUAUAUUAAAGAUUAUUAUCAUUGGUAGUCUUUGGGUUUUUUUUUAUACAGAAUGUUGCCAGUGUUAAUAUUUUAGUGAAAAUACAUACAAC